GGGCUUUAAUGGCGAGGCUCUGACCUCACGUGUAUCCAUGUUUACGUCCUGUUCUUGGCCACAAAGCGCGACAACGUAAAGACGCUGAAAGCAGCGAACCGGCCGAGUAGUUUGGUAAUGUGCUGCUGCCUUCACGGUAGGCUCGUAAAAAGAUUGUAAUGAUUUUCAGACAUGGACGACAUAAACCUUCACUAUCGCUUUCUGAACUGGAGGAGGCGAAUCCGAGAAAUCCGUGAUGUGCGAGCAGUGCGAUAUCGCGAGCGGCUCAAGAGGAUGCUGAGAGACGGAGACGUACUCAGGUAUCAUGGGAAUUCAGAUGAAGUUGGCUGUUUCGUGGCGGGCCGGCCGUUGUCAAGAAGGAAUCGCUAUUUUGAAGUGACAAUCAUGGAUACAGGAGUGAGGGGGACGAUCGCUGUGGGUUUGGUGCCUCAGCUCUACAAACUGGACCAUCAGCCGGGCUGGCUCCCACAUUCCGUGGCUUUCCAUGCUGAUGAUGGCAAGCUGUACAAUGGCAACACUGUGGGGCAGCAGUUUGGUCCAAAGGGUUGCAGAGGUGACAGAAUCGGCUGUGGAAUAUCCAUGGACUCCGAUGAUGGACAACUGACUGUGUUUUUUACCAAGAAUGGGAAAGAAGUCGGCAGUGUGGAAAUCCCAGCAUCGCCCGAAGCUCUGUACCCCGCUGUGGGAAUGCACUCUUUGGGUGAGGAGGUGCUGCUGGACCUGAAUGCUGAGUGGGGGAUGGAGGAAGAUGACGGACAGAUGAUUGUGGACAGUCAUGAAGAAGACUGGGGCCGUCUCCAUGAUGUCAAGGUGACCGGCACGCUGCUGGAGUACGUGGGGAAGGGGAAGAGCAUUGUGGACGUGGGCUUGGCCCAGGCACGUCGGCCUCUCAACACACGCUUCCACUACUAUGAGCUGGAGAUCACGGAUGACGGAGAGAAGUGUUACAUCGCCCUGGGUCUGGCACGCAGGGACUACCCUAAGAACAGACAUCCAGGUUGGAGCAGAGGGUCAAUAGCUUACCAUGCAGAUGAUGGAAAGUUGUUCCAGGGCAGCGGGGUUGGGGAUGCGUUUGGACCGCGCUGCUUUGAAGGGGAUAUUAUGGGCUGUGGGAUCAUGUUUCCACGUGACUUCAACCCUGGUUUGGGAGAUGACACAGAGGACUGGGACUUCGACGUGUUUCCCAAACCCUGCGAAGUGCAGAAUGACUUGUAUGCAAACAAUGAAGAUCAGGAGGAGGGGGAGGAGGAGGAGGACGAGGGAGAGGAUUUGGAAGGGAGGAAGGUCACAGUGUUCUUCACCAGGAAUGGAAAGGUGGUGGGCCGGAGAGAAGUGGCCUUGCCGUUUGGAGGCUUCUACCCGACGAUUGGCAUGAUGAGCACUGGGGAGAAGGUCAGAGUGGACCUGCACCCCCUCAGUGGUUGAGCCGAUGGGGCAAAUGAAAACGGUGAAGUGGUGAAAUCAGAGCUCAGGUACAUUUUGGAGAACGAACAAUAAAUAAUACCUCCGCAUCCGCAAAGGCUCCAAGAUGUUACUUGAAAACUCACUCCAGUGUGGAAGGUCACUGUGGCUCCCUGGUGCUGUAAGAAUUAUUUAACAUGCUGGUAGAAUUGUUUUUAAAUCAGGAAUUAUCAAAAAUAAUGUAUGUUAAUAUGACAUGUGCCUAAAAAUCGUUUUAUAAUGAAAUUAUUUUGUACUGAAUGAAAUUGUUUCGUUGUAGGUUUUAAAGGGUAAAACACUUUUUUUGACAAAUUAAAUCUAUAAUAAAAUGCCAAAAAGGGUCUUGCCAGAGUAUUGAAUGUAAAAAUCCAAACAGAGCAGGCUCCAGUUAACAGAUCAACCCCAUCUGUCCUCAUGAAAGAAGCAUUGUCAGCAAUAAUGAGCGUCAGCAGACACGUAGCCCCACACACCCACUCUGCAGCCAGACUGUGCUGAUUACCAGAGCUCUGAUGUGUUUCUUCCCAGUGACGGUGUAUUACUGACACUCAGUGGUGAGAAAAGUCCUGUUCUUCCAAAGAAACAGUUGUGCACUGAACCAACAGCGAGAUCUCUCUCUGUAAAACUAGCUGCUUGAUCGCUGACGUCCUGUAUGAGUGUGGGCGGAGUUACUGCUGCAUAUUUAUCAGCAAGUCACAUGUAUUGAGCGCUGUGGGAUACGUAUGUUCAAUGACAAUUUGUUGAAACUAAAUCCAAAUUAUAAUUAUGACCUUUCAUUAUUAUGUUGAAAUAUCAGUUUUGUUUCUAACUCAAGGUUGGUUUGAUGAUCAUUACUGGGGGUCACUUUAAUCGGGUACGACUUUAGUGUCUAAUUGUACUGUUACAGUCAAUGUUCCAUCAUUUGAUAAACAUACAGGUAAUAUUUGUCAACUGCACCUUAAAGAUGAUAAAUCAAAACCAAAACCCUGUAAAAAAAAACACUUCUAAAGCUCUACAAGAUUUUUGAAUUUGAAAAUUCUUAUUUAACCUAAACCCAAGCAAAAUAAACUAGUAACUAGGGCUGGACAAUAUUGCCAAACUAAAAAAGAUAAUACCAGUUAUGGUGUUAGACUUCCUCACCGUGCUUGGACAAUGCACACACAUAAUAUCAACACAUAUUGAACCUUUGUUGCUGUUUGUUUUGCUUUUGCUGAAAAAUAUAGUGCGCUAAUUAUUGAUAGUGUUAUUACCCAGCCCUACAAAUAAUACCUCAAAUUCAAUCAAAGUGAUGCUGCUUUUUCUUCAUGAAAGGCUCAUAUCUUUUUGAGGUUUGGAGCCUUUUUCAAAUUGAACCCCACAGAAAAGACACUUUGUAGAUGUGUAUGGUAUUAGAUGUGUGUCUGUGGAUCAUUCGUGUGUUUUUGAGGAAAUAGAUACCAACUGUCAUAAAAAGGGAGAAUCAUCAGGACAAGAACAAUUAAUGACCACACGUGCUAUAGUUCAAAAUGUGUGAGUAGCUAGAAUAUUCAAUCAAAGUUCUGAAUGUUGAAAAUGAAGCCUUAACUACGAUUUGCUGCUCUAGAUAUUAGAAAAUGAACCAAUGACCGUGUCUUUUCUAAGAUCAUGUUGUGAUUAUGUUGUUUUAGCCAAUGUUGGUAACUGUUAUUGAACUGUAAAGCUUUUUUUUACGAUUUUAGGAGUUUCUGUUUUCCCCACAACAUGUUUGUGUCAAUCGUAAACAAUGGUAAAUUUAAAUGAAUAAAAAAAGCUUUUGUUGUGUGAUGCCAAAUUUUGCACACAAUGCUGCUUUGGCAUGAACUCAGACUACACUUGCAUCAGGCUUCCCUGCAGAUCUGGGUGUGGGAAGUUGUUAGUUUUUCGUCCAAAUAAGACAAUCGCUGGUGACAGAUGUGACUUAAAUUUUUUACUGUGAUACUGUUUAUUAAUGUUUCAGUUUCUUUUAGAUCUGCAGAAACGGUUAUAACUGUGCAAGUCAUCAAGAUAAUAAGGGCACUUUACAGUUGAUUAUUGAUUUGCUGAACUUCAAAUGUCCAAAAAUCGAACAGAAGACCUUUGUGAAAGAGUGCGGAUCAUUUAUUAAAUGGAACCCUUGCAGUAGGAUCCAGGAAGGUGAUGGAAGUGCCCAGUCUGCAUGUCCAUAAACUGCUGAUCACUAAAAAGGUCUAAAAAACUACUUCUGGGCUCCAAUAUUCAUUUGAAUAAUGUGGAUUGAAAUGUUGCUGUUUUGCAAAAAGCUUCUGUUCUUCCACGUCUCAUCAUUUGGCUGAUCACACUGUGUUAAUCAUCAUGUGGUUCACAGGAGCAAAUAAUGGUCCUCUGCUGAUGAUGUCGGAGACAUGUUUAUGUAUAUAUUCUUUAAUUUGGUGAAAUCAACCUUCAAUCAAGUUAAAUAUGAUCAUGGUAUUUUUAGAACCUUCCCAUCCUGCCUGUGAAUCCACUCUGUUCCUCUUCUAUGGUUUUGAAUCCUGUUGACUUUCCUCUCAUCCAUUCUCUCUCUUAACACUUGAAGCAAUAAGAUAGAUAUGCCAAAAAUAAUUAAAAGAAUGUUCACACUCACUGCA